CGUAUACCGUAGGCGUUCGCAGUGGGCGCUGCCGGCCGCCGCCGAAGCCACAGACACCUGUUUCGAAAGCGGCAACAACAACGGAGGCCUCCACGAGCAAAGGAGCCGAAACGUCGCCUAGCGCUGCACGUUAGGAGGAUAAGUGGCCAGCUGGGCGUGUUUUGACCGUUUGAGUGCGGUGACCGGUGUAUCGGCAUUGCCAGAAUUCCCGAGGGAUACGUGCGCCUGCGUGACCGACUUGUUGAGCGUCUUUCGGACACCAUCCAAGUGCUGGCCGCCGCAGCAGCGAAAUGGCAGCAACGUGGACGACAACCACGGCAAGCACGGUGAGCCCCGCCAUGUCUCCGGACUUCUUCGGCGUCUACCAGGAGUUGGCAUCGGGUGAUGACAUCGGCUACAGCUACUUCACGCCGCCAUCGAUGUCUGGUCCAGGCCUGGACUGGACUGCCGUGGAGAAGCUGAUGCAUGCUGACGAGGAACGCUUCGAGGAGUCCGUCAGCUCUCUCAGCGUCAGAGAGCUGUUGGACCUGGUGUCUGGCCUUCAGUCAGCCAUGGCCGAAGAGCAACGGCGGUUUGAUGCCUUGGGACUGCAGCUGCAGCGACUUGGCGCCCAGGGUGGUGAUCCUGAAGAGCAGAGGGCACUCUCUGCUGCAUUGUGUGCCUCACAGCUUCGCCUUGCACGACUAUGCACUCGCAACAUGCGGUGUUUCGCGCAGCAAGCUAUCCAAAAAAAGGAGGGUGAAUCUCGAAACACCAGCAGCAGUGGCAGCAGCGGUGGCAACAGGAGUGUUAGCAGCAGUGGCAGCAGCAAGCUAUUGCGGGAAACUUAUCGUGACCAGGGCUCCACUGAGCUAUCAACAUCGCCGCUUAUCCAGCGGAACCUACUCGACAUCUCCGACUUCGAUGAGGUGGAAGCGGCCUUUUCCUCGAUGAUGGAAGAUGGCUCUUCAUCCCAGGAGGUUCUGUCCACACCUUUUUCGGUUCCAGAGGAUAAUCACGUCGACAAUGACUAUGACCCGAAAGAUUUUGUUGUGCACCGAAACACGUUCAUCACAACUGAGGACUACCACUCCGAGGAUUCGACACUGCCUGGCAGCAGCCCUCAGCCACUGGUGCGCGAAGCCUCAAGCGAUGCGUCGGAUGACGAUGAAGUUGAUUAUCACCUGCCCUACGACGAACACGAGGAGGAGAUGCAACAGCGGAACUAUGACUCUCGUCACCACUAUGCCUUCUAUCCGGAAGAGACCGAGCUUGAGGUAAUUCCCGAGGAGGAUGAAGACCAUGCUAGCAACUCCGACUGCUCGGACCCAAUGGGCGAGCGAAGUCGAAUGACCGAGCAUGAUUCGGGCGUGACUGACGAGCAACACAGCAGCGGCAGUGACGAUGAUCGAAGGCAUGGCAAGCGGUCAGAGGACACUGACAGUGGACUGCAUUCGCUUCCGUGGACACGAGACUGUGAUUCGUCCCGUGGGAGUCCAGAGACUAGCCCCGACACUAAGGAACAACCCGCAAUCAAGCUCAAUACCAAGCUUGAAACCAAGCUAGAGUCGAAGCCAGAGCCGAGGCAAGCGUCGAGGCAUUCGAGUGAUGUUCCCCGAGCUACUGUGUCCAUUCAGUGCAAUGGUCCCGAUUCCCUUCGCAAUGUGCUCUCGGCGCAACACAAUGAUUUGGGUCCCAGAGGCCCCGAGCUUCUCAAGGGAAGCCGACUGGCUGAGCUCAUCAAGAGCUUUGAGCAAGUCUCAGUGAGCACGAUGAAUGGCCAGUCACCUCUCUCAUCUCGUACAAUGACUGGCCCUACAUCACCAUCCCCUGCCACGGCUGCAGCACUGACUGUCGCUGCCAGGUCACGACCUGCUGAGGCUGUCACAACAGUAACUGUGAAUCACGUCACUGCAAACAACUCUCCUUCAUGGAUGACCAUCGGUAGUACAUCGCCUGUCACACCUGCACAUGUUCAGGCCUCUGUAGACGAAGAGCUGUUGCCCAGGAGCUCGACCUUGAUGUGGAAUCCCACGGACCUCCUAAAGGAACUGUACAGAAUCGAAAUGCCUCACCAGGGUUCACGGGACUGUGGAGCAUGCAUCAACCGCGAAGGAUACUUGGACGUAAUGCCUUCCAACCGCAAGAAGGCUACCUACUGGAACCCCUGGAGGCGCCGCUACAUGCGACUACAAGACGGAACACUCUCCUGCCUCGAGAAUGACAAGUCAAGUAAGCCACUGGUGAAGAUGCAACUGCUUGGUGGUCAGGUUGACACCCUCGAGAACCACAUGAUUGGAAUUGAUGAUCGGAAGGGACACUAUGUGGCAGUCAAGUGCAGCUCUGAGUCCGACUGCCGUGCGUGGCUAGAGGCCCUGCAGUCACACUGCCAACAGGAUCCUCAGCGCAGCUUUGUGCAGCCAGUCGAGAGGCCCUUGCCCUGCAGCAAGCGUGUUGUGAUAGUCGACCUGGGUGGAUGCUCGAUUCGGGCUGGAAUCCUCAUGGAACAGCCGGCUCUACCAACAGUCUACUUCCCAUCAGUCUGCAGCACAGACCGAUCUACAGGUAAGCGCUACUUUGGCCUGGAUGCUGUGAAGCCGGAGGUGCGCAGGAAUUCACAGCUGAGCUUUCCCUUCUUGCCGUCGGCCAAAAUUUCCAAGUACACUAUAGACGUGGAUGGACUUCCUGAGCUUAUGAACAAGAUCUUCCGUGACUUGGGCAUCACAAAUCCUUCAGAGUACAAGGUGCAGUUGUGUGUUCCACGCAGCCUCAGCCUGCAGACUCAGGCAGCUCUGGCUGAAGCCUUUCUCUCUCAUGUGGGUGUUGGUGCCCUGAGUGUCACCCACCAGGCCAUCUGUGCUCUGUACGCUUACAACACCACAUCGGGUGUGGUUGUCGACCUGGGAGCACGCAUUGACAUCUUGCCCAUUGCAGAUGGAUACAUUGUGGAAGGUGGUGUGUCUCGGUUGCCUCACGGAGCCCAGCAGCUGACGCAGCAGUUGCGACAGGCCCUUGCCCAGAAGCAGCUCAGCUUGUUUGGAGAGUUGGAGUUGUACCUGGUGCGUUGGGUGCAGCAGCAGGCAUGCUAUGUGGCACCCAACUACCGUACUGAGCUCAAUGCCUGCCACUGUGAUCCUACUGCCUUCGAGUGCUGCUUGCCCCUGGGACAUUUCUUCCAGCCACCAGCACCUCACAUGGAGGCCCGCUUGGACUUGGGGCGGUUUCAGUGCCCAGAAGGUUUGUUUCGACCUGAGCUGUGGGGCCUGGACUGCCCAGGCCUCGGCAAGCUGCUGCAGCGUGCCCUUCAGGAAUGCUCGCUGGAUGUGCGUCGACAGAUGGCACGCUCUGUGUUCCUCUCAGGAGGCCUCUCGCUGUUGCCGGGAUUGCCUCAGCGGCUGCAGACCGAACUGGAUGCCCUCACUCCCGAGUCGCUACAGCCCAAGGUGCACGCUUCUCCCUAUCGUGUCCACAUGGCCUUCCUCGGGGCCAGCACUAUGGCGUCAACGUCAGCCUUUGAGGAAGUGUGCGUUACACCGUCGGAGUGGAAGCAGAGGGGUCCAUCGUGUCUCAGUAGGUGGCACCUGUGAGCAAGAGUGCUUAGGGUGUUUAUAAGAACUUCACCAUGCAACAUUCUGCCUGUGCCAGUUCUUCCUAUGUCCAGGAAUGCAACAGGUGUGGAGUCAACUCACUGGAAACGUCGUACAUUGCGUGCCUAGCUUGUCGCCAGAUGCAACCGGUGUUCUCAUGGUGGAUGAACGAGAAAUGCCUUCAUGGUCCAAUGUGACAAAAAGUUGCAGAGCAAGUACGCUUUGUGAGUCAAAUCUUGAGAGCACCUUCUUUUCUUCCUGCUAAGGGCCCAGUCAACGAAACAUCCUGCAUGAGAGGGCCCGUUGUGCAGACAUCCAACAGUGCCAGCUAUACACUCAGAAGCCUCAGCUCAUGGUUUGCCUAGUACUGUGGCAGUUGAUUAGCUAUGCUCCAGGAAAGUACUGAAGCAUUUCAGUGUGUUUCGAUCACUAUGUUCUGUGAGCAUGUUCUCACGGUUGCAGAGGCCUCAGGUACAGCAGCUUCGGUGCCUAACAUCUUUCACACUGCAAGUUGCUUUUAUGUAUGUGUGUCCAAUCAUAUCAAAUUAUGUUGACAAACUGAGUGAAAUUGGGUGCACUGUGAAUGUGAAACAGCAUGUGAAUUUGGCUGAUAAAUACACUACUGCAAGUGCAGCUAGCUUUAUUCAAAGAUACAUACCACUGACAUCGCUAAAAAUUUAUUUUUAUAUUUAGUAUUAGAUGCACGAAAGGAACCCAUUAUUUGAACAACUCGAAGCACCUAUGAUGUUUUUUUAGCCUUGGCUUUCUCAGUAAAAAAGUUUCGAUGAAUGUUAAUAAGCAGCCCACUCGUUCCUGGUACACGUUUGGAGACCAGACCAGUCUAGAUUUUUAGGAAAAUCAAUCUUCUAUUUCUACACUGUCCACACCUACGCUGCAUAUGGCAUUGAUUGUCAUUUGGCAUUGACUGGUGGGUGUGUAGUUGAAGUGCCUUGUACGACCUUUUAGGAUGUAAUUUGAUCAGGCAGUAAGUUUCAAAGCUGUAGUUAUGACGAACAGAAGAUCCCUGUGCCUUCUUGUAGAUCUUGCCAUUAUUCUUUAUGUAUGACAAUGUAAAGUUGUCAUUCCAGUCCCUGUGUCCACAUUCCUCCUAGUAUGUAAAUACUAAUGACUACUCUUCUUCUAAACCAAGCUUGAAAGUUGUUUAAAUGUGACAUCCAGAGUUAUUUUAGGUACUUUUCAUCUAGUUCUUGCGACGUUUGAGGCUUUGUUUAUCACACAGAGUUUGUAGUUCAGUGAUAGUAGUGUGUCAUAGAAAACUGUGGAAGAAAAUCAGUGUCUUUAACUUUUAGUGUUGCACAAAAUUUCCACUGAAUCGGGAAUCUCUCUAACGAAUGCUUUUGAGGUGAUGCUUAUUUUUGACCACUGGUUCACAAAGCUGUGUUCAAAAGUCAGGAGGAAGUGUAAAUUUUUUCACAAAGAUUAGCAUCGCAAUUUCUGUGGCAGAUUUCCUCCUGUGUUCAUGCACAUUUAAUCAUAUGUGCACUAUUUCAUGAGGAACCUGUUACUUUUUUUAUUCAACUCACUCAUUUUGUACAGAUGCAACUGAAGUUUAUUUUUUCUUUAGAUGUCUGCUUUCUCAAUGUUCGGGGUUUCACUUGACUUAUAAUUGUUUGUUUUUCUGUGUUGGCUACAGGUGGCCCCACGAAGUGUGUAUAAUCGUUUCAAUUGGUUGCUGUUAGGACAUAUGCAUUUUUUGCGCUUUAUGUACAGUGUGCAAGUGCUUGAAUUACUCUGGUGUUCCAAAUGUGUUUAAUUUGUUUGUGGAAGAUUCAGACCACGUAUAUGAAAGAGCGAAAGGGCCAGAUUAUGCACAACUUGUUGCAUUAGUUUCACCUUGAAGUUCUAGCGCUAAUAUCUGGUGUUGUCAUGUGACUUGCUUGACUGGGAAAGCUUUAAACUAUAGUAAAUACAGUUAGGAGCUGAAGCCCAUGGAUAGCACGAGUUUUGAUUCAAGGGCCCAGCAGAUAUGUCUGAUGGCAACUAGUGCGGUUGAAUAAUGAGCAUUUCAAGCAGUGAAAUUCCGGGCUGUGCCGAAUUUUUUCGCCAUGAAAGGAAAAGUUCGUUUUGUUCACCUAUUUUUCCUGCCAAGUUAUUGAAUUAACAUUCUCAUUACAAUUGCAGGUAUGAUUUGUAAAGAUGACUAGCUGUCUGUGUCAGUUUUUCCGACGUCUGUAACAGCCUUUUCCUAAAAUUUCUGAGCCAAUUUUAGAGCAAAGUUGCCAACAGAGGAACAUACAGGGAGGCUCUCAUGAUAAAUAUUGUUCUAAGGAGUUCAGGAAUGUGACUGUCCUUGAACGUUUACAGGAGACUGCACAUUAGGUCGUGUGUGCAUUAAUACGUAAAUACAGUGAUGUGAUUGGCCCAAGCCACUUUGGAGCAGCUUCUGGAGCAGCUAAAAUCAUGUUUUGGAGCAGGUCAGCAUGGUUUUGGAGCAGGCGUACGCGUACGGUAUCGCAUAGUGCGACGGCAAGUGAUGACCAUUUUCACAAAGAAUAAAACCUUGAUUCAAUGUUACAUACGCAAACCAGAGCACACUGGACAAAUGACAAAGAUAUGAAGCCCAAACUACAAAUUAUGCAUACGCAAACCACAGCGCACUGGACAAAUGACAAAGAUGUCAAGCACAAACUACAAAUUAUGCAUGGCAAUAAAAAAUUUUAAGAAAAACCUACACACGCCCUCUCAUUUGAGAAGCUUAAACACCAGUUUAGAAAUCCCCGAGAGAAAUGCGACGCUGCUACCACGGAGCUGGUAAAUGCAUAUGCGUGUGCGAUGGGCUCGGCUCGCUUGCAGAAAUUAUAAGGUUAGUUUCGUGCACAAUAAGGGUUACGUAGGGUAAUAAGAUAUCAAUUAUCGGCCAAGGUUUUUAACGCAAAACGCAAAACGUAAGUACGGCCGCAAGCACUAUCUCUGCGGGGCAAAAUCGCAGUCGCAGCCGGGCACUGAUAUUUGCGCGCGCUUUCGACGCAGGCAAAGUUGAUAGCGAUAAGCUGUUGCGGGGGCUUCGCGGAACCUUGCUGCGCAUGCGCUAUUUUAGAAAUUUCAGUUUAACAGCCAUGAAUUCACGCCGCCUAAUUUCGUUGACGCGCUUCACGAGCAGUACAUGCAUCACGAUGCCCGUCUCUUCGGGCCGCGAGACGGACGGUCGCUACCACGGUAGCUGCGAGGCGCACUGCACGGAAUAAACUGAGUCUCGGAAGGGGGGGUUCAAGACUGCUGCGAGGCACCAGCCGAAACUUCAUAAACAAAUAGGACAAUGCAACCUUUCGAAGCUUUCGAACGGCAACCCGCCAUUUCCGAUGUUGCAUGCGGCCAUGCGGCCAUGGAGGCUUCAGCGGUUGAGCGUCUCUGCGUCACUAGUAGUGACUCACUACCAUCACAAGAGCCUCCUAGCGAGCAAGGCUGCUCUCGCGGCGAGCCUGCCAGCAACCAUGGCAGUUCACGAAUGGCUCCAGUUUCGGUUUCAGAACUGGCAGUGCAAAUGGCAACUUCUGGCGCAGACUCGGCGCAGAUUGCUCAUAUUUGACCAGAAUGGCGCAGGCUGGCGCAGGAUUCGCCUUUCGGCGCAGUUCGGCGCAAUUGGCGCAGCUAUCACAUCACUGAAAUAUCUAAAAUAUAAUUAUAUUUAAAAUCUAGGCCCCAUGACACUUAUCAGCAUUUGGCUGCAAUUAAGCACAGCAUUAACUAUGACUUUAUCAAAAAAAUAUCAAUCAUUUGCCAUUGGUGAUGUUCAUAUGUGCAAAUUUACAUGAUCCUUCGAGAAAAUAUGACAUCUCUAAAAGGGGGCAACAAUGCUGUUUUUGAAAAAAUGGAGUCCUCAUAGGUUGUUGCAUUAUUGCUCAAAGAAGCAGGAACCAAUGCAGAAGUACGACCUAAUUUGUCAUCCUAAAUGUCACACCUGAAAGAGAAAAUUAGCCAAAAAUUGUGCACAAAAUAGCAUGCGCCACUAUUUCUGUGGAUCGUUCAUUGCAACUUUGCAUGCUGUUGCUAAAAACAGUAGAAAGGGGCUAAAAUUUCUGUUGAUACAAGCGCUUAUAGUUCUUGUGAUGUGUAAGCCAAUUCUCGACAGAGUUAACCUAAUUGUCUGACAAAGCACAUGUACACCUGUAUUCCUUAACUGCCUCGUUGAUCAUCACUGAUAUUUUAAAGAGUCUGCACCAGGCGAUUCGUUGACAUGAAGGCAUAUCAUAUAUAAGUGAUGCUGAUGAUGUCAAUAGUAGUGGCAUCGUGCAUAAAUUGAGAAAGCAGUUGUUGCGAAAGAGGUCGAAACUUUGUGCAAGCUUAUGGAAUGUGCAUAGUGAAGACCAUUUAAUAUUGUGAGAUCUGAUCUAGAUAACAUGUGAUGAGGGUGAGACUUAGGUAUUCAUUGGGUAACUAGUCGACAUGGUGAUUUUGAUUCUUGGGAUCACGGCCCUUUGAAAGGUCACGAAGCAUGAUACGUCUUUGAAGCAGUGGGAAAUUCAGAAAUUCGGUCUGUUGGAUUAGCCAGAUGGCAUGUACUUGAGGCUCUUGCAAGUAAAUAAUUCCCUAUGCUGUUAAGUCAGAAUGAGUAUCUAAGCAGUAACUAUUCAAGCAGCCAGUGAUUUGAUGGUGGUUUGCUGUCCCUGAGUCAUUGUGGGUGCGUUAGAGCGACGUCUGUCGAUUAACGACUCGUUAAUGCAUCUGAUACUUCUGAUGAGUGGCUGCAACAAAUUUUCUGACUUAACCAGACAUGCAUCUUGCAACAUAGUAACCAUUACAGUUUAUAAAAUUACAAGUUGGAAUGGAGUUUGGCUCAGGCAAGAAACGAAGUUCCAACUUGUUUGACUAUAUGGUUCCUCAGACAUUUAAAAGUUGUGAAAAAGGUGAGAUUUACCUUAACAGAAUCAGCAUUGCACUUUCAUACACUUUACACCGAAGUGUCUGAUUCAGUUAAGCUUGUAGCAUUAUUGCAAGUCGUUGAAGCCACAGCGAGACUUGAGCCAUGAGGCCAAUUUAAGAAAACAGCUAAUUUUCCUAUUUUAAUUGUCGUGUGAGCAUACUCUCUUCUGUGUUUAGUAUUGUGUACUGCUUUGUCCAUCACACUGUUUCAUGUGAAGUUCAUGCUAUAAAUAAAUAGCAGGAAAGUUGGACCCCAUUAAUGGGCAGCUAUUGGCCCAGUAGCAUUUCUAAUGUCUACAGUCACUACUCUUGUUCUUGGAAAUGGAAAGUUCGCAAAGUUUCACAUUUGUGACAGAUGUGUUUUUACUAUGUCGCCUUACAAUGUAGCCUGAAAAAGUGACUCAUAACAUCAUCUGUUUUUGGGUGUUGCUGCUAUUGAUGUGUUAUUUAAUUAUUUGUGUUCUGUUGCAACAAUUUCUUUCUGUGUGAGUUUUUUCUAUGCCCUCCUUUUUCACGUCGCAAAGGCAGCUGCAAUUCAUCGAGGGCAGCAUUUUAGUGGGCUUAUUUUUUCAGUCAUGAAAGCUUUUGAAUAAUUGUGUUAAUAAGUGUAAUAAUUUCUAAUAUCGCCUUGUCAUACAGAUUGUGUCAAAAUACAAACAUUUUAAAUGUUAAAUAAUACUUGAAUAAAAGAGUGUUCUCAGAGAA